AUGAUUGCGAGGAAGAAGCAGAGUUUGUUGUGGGCGACAAUCUUAAGACGAAUUUACCAGCGGAAUAUUAGCUAAUCUAGCAAAUUAAAGUUAGUCAAACCAUCGGCAGACAUGGCGAAAAUGGCAUUCCAGCACCAGGCCGGCACGGCGAUGGAGUGCUUAAGCAUUCCCAUCACGCUGCACAAGGAGAAGGACUACGACCAGGAGGGGCGCGAGAUCCUCAAGUGCGGCUUCAAGAUCGGCGGCGGCAUUGACCAGGACUAUAAGAAAAGCCCUCAGGGAUACACGGAUUAUGGCAUCUAUGUGACCGAGGUGCACGAGGGCAGUCCCGCCGCCCGAGCAGGUCUGCGGAUCCACGACAAGAUCCUGCAGUGCAACGGCUACGACUUCACCAUGGUCACCCACAAGAAGGCCGUGAGCUACAUCCGGAAAAACCCGAUACUCAACAUGCUGGUGGCCCGCAAGGGCGUGACCUCCACAUAAGUGGUGCUCGGAGCAGGGUCUCCACAGACUACAGCAGUAUUUAAGCGGCAUUUAAACUAUCCCCUCCACCGCCCUCUGGGCCAAGGAUCUCUUUGCCUCCUGCAACCUAUGCGAAUACUUAGAACUACCAUAUUAUACAUAUUAAUUCAUUACGUAUGCAUAUCGCACACACAUGUAGCCAGACGUAAAUGUAGCACCUAGUAAUGCUUCUUGUUGAA